CGCGCAUUUCAGGUAAAGCUCAAUUCUGCUGAAAUGCAUCUUCCUCCGCGUUAGCACCGCUUUUAACAGCGCUUUCAUCAACAGCACUUACAAGGUAGCGCGCCUCCUACUGCCUGACUUAAUAGAUUCAGUUGAGCACCAAGAUGUGCUUGGGCGUACUGCCGCAUGCCAUCCACUCUAUGUGCUGAGCUUGAUUGAGAGCCAGGGACAUCCGUGUUCAGCCCAUCUUGUCUUGUGACCGCACUUCCCUGGCUGUUUCGUGGAAUCAGGACUCGCCAGUUGUUGGACUUGCGCGAGAAAGUUUGUUUCAGGUAGUGCCUGCUCCGCCGGAACGCUCGGCGCACUAGACGAGCUCUUGUCCCCUUGGAUCAGAUGAUGUCUGGAGCGCUUCUUUGGCCUCUCGGCUUCUUCUAUCCCACUUUUUGGAGUCUCAAGAUCCCACACGAUCGCUUUCUGCUCACUACUAGCGGAAAGACCAGUACAUAUAUUGAUAAGCCUCUCGGCGAGUGCAUGAUAAGGCGUCGACGCCUCUGGGAUACCGUUGCGUUGAAGGUUUUAAAUUGCUGUGUUAUAGUCCGGACCACUCUUGGGUAGAUUGACUUCCCAUGCCCUAACCCCUAUAUUGUGAGGAAGAAAGAAUACGGCACCAAGCCCGCCAAGGUCCUUCGCGAUGCUCCGGUACCUGCUUCCAGCAGAAAUAAAACCGCCGAUUUCUUUAGC